AUGCUACCGCGCCGAUUGCCGCUUGGCGCAGUGGAGAAUGAGGAUGGGAAAGUGGUGAUCCCUCCAAGUGCCCGCGCUGAUGGAAGUGUGCGUAAGGAGAUACGAGUGCGCCAGGGAUUUGUCCCCCAGGAUGAACAACCUAUGUAUCGCCCCAGGGCACUACGACAGGCAGCCGGAGCUGCAUCGACUUCGACGCCACCGAAGCCUCGUGCAGUAGCUGCCCCAAAAGACUCCGACGACCUCUCGGCAUGUAUUGAUUCCCUUUCGAUCAGCGAUGAAAAGACAACGAUGCGAGAUCAAACCCGACGCAUUCCCUUGGGUGCCGUGGAAACAACGUCGGGAGAAGUGGUCAUUCCUUCAUCUGCACGGGCCGACGGGUCGGUGCGGAAACAAAUUCGCGUCCGACCUGGGUUUGUGCCUCAAGACGAGCAGCCUACAUACCGUCCCCGCGGCCUCCGAUCCCCCUCCACUCGACAAGAUCAGGAUUCUGUCCUGCCAGAGCAUGCCACAUCACCUGCCCCAGCCCACGACGAACCGGUUUCGGAAGGUGGCAUCGACGUCGCCGUCCUGACGAGUCCUUCUCCACCACACAUCCAAGACGUCUCCGGCGUCGACUUGGAUACCACAGCAAGUCGUGCCUCCUCGUCGAACCGCCGCGACUCAACGACUUCUUCCAAGCAACAAUGGACACGACGUGAUCGCCGAGAAAGCCCAUCGCAACCACCAAACGUCAAGCCAGGACCUUCGAACACCCCGAAACGCUCUCCCAACACACUACGCGUGGUUGAGCUUUAA